AAAACUGAAAGAAGAGCGUGAAGCAAAGAGGGCUCAACUCGACGUUCGUCAUGAAUUUAUCAUGGAAGCCGUGGCGGAUUCCCUCCAUCUGGAGAGGGGCGAUGUGGAGGAUGCCAUAUUAGAAGGCAAUAAUAUUGAGAAGAUGAACAAAUUCUUUGAUUCUGAGACUGGUGUCAGUACACAUCUCAUGUUCUUCUAUCAAGAGCCCGAUUCUGGGGAAAAUGGAAAACAUGCUUGGAUGCAGGAUAGUGCGGGUGAGCCAAUGAGACUAGGUCCGCAAGGAACAAAGGCAAAGAACAAUAAACCUAGGGUGUAUGUAACUGAUGGUACUGACAUGCCUCUUAAUGGAGUCUGUGUGUUCUUCCUCAGGGCCAAUACUACCAAACCGGUCAACGAAGAAACCAUUCAUAAAGAGCUGAUUUUCACUUCUCUGGAUACCAAUGGUGUUGGUUUACUGAAUGCUGUUGAGAAGUACCUGGCUGAAAUCAUCAUACCAUUCCUCCGUACCAACACCAACGGAUGGGGGCAGCUAGGUACCCCUGCCAAUCAACAGUCACGUCAGGAUUUCUUGCUGAGCCUGGAGGCUUUCGUCUCCAUCCUGGGCGGAGCCAAGGACUCAUUGGGAGAGCGCAUGGAUCUCAAGAAGUGUGAGACCUACGAUGUCUCCAAGCUUACCAAGGCUUCUGAUUACAUCGCUGUGGCCAACAGCACCCACGACCUAGAGAAGGUGGAGGAGAUCAUGGCCGGGUGGAUCAAACAAAUUGAACAGGUGCUAGCAGAAAGCGAACAAAUGAGGAAGGAGGCAGACAACAUUGGUCCGCGGGCUGAGCUGGAUCAUUGGAAGAAGCGCAUGUCUCGUUUCAACUAUCUCCUAGAGCAGAUCAAAGGCCCUGAGGUCAAGGCUGUCCUGGGUGUCUUACAAGCUGCCAAGUCAAGAACUCUCAAGCAAAAAUGGAUGGAGCUUGAUCGUCGUAUCACGGAUGCUGCAAAUGAAGCCAAGGAUAAUGUCAAGUUUCUCUACACCUUGGAUAAGUUUUGUGACCCCUUGUAUAACAGCGACCCAGUUGGUAUGGUAGAGACGAUUCCUGGUUUAAUCAACGCCAUUCGUAUGAUUCAUAGUAUCUCCAGAUACUACAACACAUCAGAAAGAAUGACAUCGCUCUUUGUCAAGGUUACCAAUCAGAUGAUCACAUCUUGCAAGUCGUACAUCACCGACGCAGGCACGGCAACCAUCUGGGAGCAACCGCGAGAAGAGCUGAUCCCCAAGCUCAAGAACUGUAUCACCUUGAAUCACGAGUACCAGGCCUGUUUUCAGAAGACCAAGCAGAAGCUGGAGAGCAUGCCCAAGGAGCGCCAGUUUGAGUUCUCUGAGAUGUACAUCUUUGGCAAGUUUGACACCUUCGAGCGCCGCCUGGUCAAGAUCAUUGAUAUGUUUGAUAUCAUCGAACGCUACUCCCAUCUAGCUGAUUCUCGUAUUGAAGGUAUGGAUUCCCUGGCCAACCGAUUCACCGUGGUGUACACGUCCAUGAAGAAGAAACCUUAUGAUCCGUUAGACCAGAGGAAAGCGGAGUUUGAUUCGGACUAUUCUGAUUUCAAGAGAUCCGUCAAUGACCUCCUGGUAUCGGUCAAGAAUUUCAUGGAUAAUAUGUUGGACAAGAUCUACAAUGUACCCAGGGCACUCUUGACUCUACGCAAGUUUGAAAGAGUCGAUGUGCCAAACCUCGGUAUCCACGAGAAGUAUGCCCAGAUCCUGCAGCGCUUCGGCCGGGAGAUCGAGAACACCUCCAAGAACUAUCAGCGCAACAAGAACGACCCUCCCAUCGGACGCGACCUGCCACCCAUCUCGGGCAAGAUCACCUGGGCACGCCAGAUGUUCCGUCGUAUCCAAGAGCCCAUGGAUGCAUUCCAACAACGCCCUCAGUUGUUGAAUGGGAACGAGGCGAGGCGUAUCAUCAAGAAUUACAAUAAGUUGGCUAAGGUGCUCAUGGAGUUUGAAGUUCUUUACCAGCGUGCCUGGUACAGACAGGUUGAAGCUGUCAAGAGCGGCCUUCACUCUUCCCUCCUUGUACGUCAUCCAGAAACCCAGGAGCUGUAUGUGAACUUUGACCCUCAGAUCCUCACCCUCAUCAAGGAGACGGAAUGCAUGUACCGUCUUGGCUUGGAGGUGCCCAUCGCAGCCAGGGCCAUCUACCAGAAACAGAGCCUCUUCAAGGAGAACUACAACAAACUCAAGCUUCUUCUUGAGGAGAACAAGCGAGUUUGCAGCAAGAUCCAACCAGCCUUUGAGCCCUUGAUGGAAUCCCACACCGACAAGCUUAAUAGAAUCCUAGAUCCUGGACUUACUGCCCUGACAUGGACCAGUAUGAACAUAGACCAGUUUGUAGAUGAAGUCUAUGCAGCUCUGGGUGAUCUGGAACUGUUGAUGGACCGAGCCUCGGAUCUGUGCCAGUUCCGCAUCAACGCAGUCUUGAAGGAGAUGAGUGAGACCCAGCUCUGUGAGCUUCCUGAAGAUGAGUCCUGGACUACGGAUCAGUUCCUAAAGAGAACUCAGGAGUUAUGUAAUAAGGGAGCCAUCACGCUCCAGGUGAAGAGUAUCCAGGUGGAGGAGGCCGCUAAUGAGCUCAUCAACAUGCUCCUUGCAGAGCCAGAUGUUGAAGAGGAAGAAGAGGAGGAAGAGGAUGAGGAGAGGGAGAAGGAAAUUGAAGAUGAAAAUGGGGAAAAGAAGCGCUCCAGCCCCACUCCUUCCCGCAUGAGCAUCCGUAGCCGCGCCCGCAGUCCGGGAAGCAUCGCGUCCCGCUCUCAGUCUGCCGCGGCCAUGACGGCAGCCAAGAAACGGCGGGAAAAGAGGGAGCACCUUGAAGAAUCUGCCCAGGAGCUCCUAGCCCACUUCAACCAUCGGAACCUCGAUGCCCUUCUCAAGGUCACCCGCUUCACCAUGGAUGCCGUCAGGAAGAGGAUAACCUCCAGCUCAGCACUCAGUUAUAUCACUGUCGAGCAAGGGGAAAACAAACGAAAGGAGAGUCCUUUCUUCCGCUGCGCUGUUGCUCUGGCCAUCCCAAACAUAAUCAUGCAGCCCACCCUCGAUGAAGUACAACAGACUGUCAACAAAGCCGCACAGCUAGUUCUAGGAGUGGCAAAAGGAGUUGCACAGUGGAACAAGGAACGAAAAUCCAAGGCUAAACAGGAAGCUGACAUGCGUGCUGCAGCAUUGCCUGACUCGGCUCGUCGCAGCAGUAUCUCCAGUAUGGCUGCUUCUGAAAGCUCCAGGAGUGAUAUCACAUCUACCAAGAAAGGUCGUUCGGAUGAGCUAGCUUCAGUGAACCUGGUACCCCAGGUACAGGUCAAGAACUACUUCAAGAAUGUCAGCGAGAACAAAGAGAUUGCCAAACUAGUCUCACUCCUCUCCACAUGCGUCAUGUCCACCAAGAAGGAAGUGACUACUGCCCUGGAGCGGUUCGCGCGCUACCAUCCUAUCUGGCAGAAGGAACGGGAUGAAACUGUCCAGGAAUUCCUCAAUCAGCAGCCGAAACUGAGUGACUUCCAGUCGACCAUUGUCCACUAUAGGGAGCUGGAGGACGCCAUCUUGGCUGAGCCGGAGUUCUACAAUGUCGGUGCCAUUGCACUCUAUACAGAGAAACUGAAGAUCUCACUGACCACUGAGACCAAGGCAUGGUGUGUGGCCUAUGGUAAGGCCUGCAACGAGAAGUACCGCACCAUGAUGGAAGGUAUCAUAGAGUUCAUUGAUGACACCACUAAGAAACUCAACCGUCCUAUCAAGGACUUGGAUGAUAUCCGUCUGGCCAUGAAGGCGCUCAAGGAUGUGAGGGAGAAUGAGAUCCGUAUCGACAUGGCCAUUGGACCUAUUGAGGAAUCCUACGCUCUACUGAACAAGUACGAGCUGCUGGUAGCCAAGGAGGACGUGGAGCGUGUGGACACCCUGCGUUACAGCUGGGCCAAACUCAGCUCCCAGGCCACGGAAGUCUCCCAUCGUCUGCUCUCCAUCCAACCAAACUUCCGCGGAGAGUUACUAGAGAAUGUCCAGACAUUCAUUGUGGAUUGCAACGACUUCUAUGGCUCCUACCGAGAUAAUGGCCCCAUGGUAACAGGUCUGCCUCCCAAGGAAGCCAGCGACCGUCUCCUGAUCUACCAGAACCACUUUGACAAUCUCUACCGCAAGUACAUCACCUACACUGGUGGUGAGGAGCUCUUUGGUCUCCCCGUGACGGACUAUCCGGAGCUCCUGGUGAUUCGCAAGGAGCUUAACCUCCUGCAGAAGCUCUACGGGUUGUACAACGAUGUCAUCGACCGCGUCAACGGCUACUACGACAUCCUCUGGCUCGAUGUCGACAUUGAGAAGAUCAACAACGAGCUCAUUGAGUUUCAGAACAGAUGCCGCAAGCUGCCACGUGCACUGAAGGAGUGGCCCGCCUUUAACGAUCUCAAGAAAACCAUUGAUGAUUUCAAUGAGACAUGUCCACUCCUGGAGCUGAUGACAAACAAGGCGAUGAAGCCUCGCCACUGGCAGCGCAUGGCUGAUACUACUGGUCAUGUCUUUGAAGUGGAGAGCGAGUCCUUCUGCCUCAGGAACAUCAUGGAGGCACCACUGCUACAGAGCAAGGAAGAUAUUGAGGAUAUCUGUAUCUCGGCCGUGAAGGAGAAGGAUAUCGAAGCCAAGCUGAAGGCCACCGUGGCCGAAUGGAGCGCCAGGGACCUGACCUUCGGAAACUUCAAGAAUCGCGGAGAGCUGCUCCUCCGGGGUGAUAACACCACGGAGAUCAUCGGUCUGAUGGAGGACAGUUUGAUGGUGCUUGGUUCUCUGAUGAGUAACAGGUACAAUGCUCCAUUCAAAAAGAACAUUCAGCAAUGGGUGCAGAACCUCUCAAACACCAGUGAGAUCAUUGAACAGUGGAUGCAGGUCCAGAACCUCUGGGUCUAUCUGGAAGCUGUCUUUGUCGGUGGUGAUAUCGCCAAGCAACUGCCCAAGGAAGCAAAGAGGUUCAGUAAUAUUGACAAGUCUUGGGUGAAGAUCAUGACAAGAGCCCAUGAGAACACCAAUGUAGUCCAGUGCUGUGUGGGUGAUGAGACCAUGGGACAGCUCCUACCUCAUCUACUUGAGCAGCUAGAACUCUGUCAGAAGUCACUUACAGGAUAUUUGGAGAAGAAGCGCCUCUUGUUCCCGCGGUUCUUCUUUGUGUCAGACCCCGCCCUGCUUGAGAUCCUUGGCCAGGCAUCCGAUUCUCACACCAUCCAAGCACAUCUUCUCAGUAUCUUCGACAACACCAAGACGGUCAGGUUUCAUGAGAAAGAUUAUGAUAGAAUCUUGGCUGUGCAGUCUUCAGAAGGAGAAUCCAUCGAUCUUGACAAGGCAGUGAUGGCCUCAGGUAACGUUGAACUGUGGCUGAUGCAGUUGAUGGUGGUUGCCCAGAGAUCUCUUCAUGGUGUCAUCAGAACCGCUGCAAUGGCCAUACAGGAUUCCAGUCUGGAGAUCAUUGAGUUCCUCAACACAUACCAAGCACAGAUUGGCCUCCUGGGAAUCCAGAUGAUCUGGACAAGGGACGCCACCGAAGCCCUCAACAAUGCCAAGUACGACCGCAAGGUCAUGCAGCAGACCAACAACGGAUUCCUGGAACUUCUGAACCUCCUCAUCGCCCAGACGACACGUAACCUGACCAAGGUGGAGAGGCGCAAGUUCGAGACCCUCAUCACCAUCCACGUGCAUCAGAGGGAUAUCUUUGAUGAUUUGGUUCGUAUGCAUAUCAAAUCCACUUCGGACUUUGAGUGGCUGAAGCAGUGUCGAUUCUAUUUCAACGAGGACAAUGACAAGAUGAUCGUCUCCAUCACCGAUGUGGAUUUUAUCUAUCAGAAUGAGUUCUUGGGAUGCACGGAACGUCUUGUCAUCACCCCUCUGACUGACAGGUGUUACAUCACCCUUUCCCAAGCUCUUGGGAUGAGCAUGGGCGGAGCACCGGCCGGUCCAGCUGGAACAGGGAAGACGGAGACGACCAAGGAUAUGGGAAGAUCCCUUGGAAAAUAUGUGGUGGUUUUCAACUGCUCGGAUCAGAUGGACUACAGAGGGCUCGGUCGUAUCUACAAAGGUUUGGCUCAGUCAGGUAGCUGGGGUUGCUUUGACGAGUUCAACCGUAUCGAUCUCCCUGUGCUGUCCGUUGCUGCCCAGCAGAUUGCCAUCGUUCUCACCGCCAAGAAAGAGAGGAAAAAGCAAUUUAUCUUCACUGACGGUGACAACGUUGAUCUCAAUCCAGAGUUUGGUCUUUUCCUUACUAUGAAUCCUGGUUAUGCCGGUCGUCAGGAGCUUCCCGAGAACCUGAAGAUCAACUUUAGGACAGUGGCCAUGAUGGUCCCUGAUCGUCAGAUCAUCAUCCGUGUCAAGCUUGCUAGUUGUGGUUUCAUGGAUAACAUCAUCCUCGCCCGCAAGUUUUAUACCCUCUACAAGCUCUGUGAGGAGCAGCUUACUAAACAGGUUCACUAUGAUUUUGGUCUGCGUAACAUCCUGUCUGUCCUGCGUACCCUUGGAGCAGCUAAGAGAGCAAACCCAGAUGACAGUGAGAAUACCAUCGUUAUGAGAGUACUCAGGGAUAUGAACCUGUCUAAACUGGUUGAUGAGGAUGAGCCAUUGUUCUUGUCUCUGAUCAACGAUCUCUUCCCUGGCAUUGUCCUGGACAAGGCCGGCUACCCCGAGCUCGAGGGUGCCAUCAGGAUGAGAGUGGAGGAAGCCGGCCUGGUCAAUCAUCCUCCCUGGACUCUGAAGCUGAUCCAGCUCUUCGAGACCCAGCGGGUCCGUCACGGCAUGAUGGCCCUGGGACCCAGCGGGGCUGGUAAGACCUGCUGCAUCCAUAACCUGAUGAAAGCGAUGACAGACUGCGGAGAGCCACACAAAGAGAUGAGGAUGAACCCAAAGGCCAUAACUGCACCACAGAUGUUUGGCAGGCUGGAUGUGGCCACCAAUGACUGGACUGAUGGGAUCUUCUCUACCCUGUGGAGGCGCACCCUACGAGCUAAGAAAGGUGAACACGUCUGGAUCGUUCUGGAUGGUCCUGUGGAUGCUAUCUGGAUCGAGAACCUCAACAGCGUGCUGGAUGACAACAAGACCUUGACACUGGCCAAUGGUGAUCGUAUCCCAAUGGCACCUAACUGCAAGAUUGUCUUUGAGCCUCAUAACAUUGACAAUGCCUCCCCUGCCACCGUGUCCCGUAACGGUAUGGUCUACAUGAGUAGCUCCGCUCUGGAUUGGAAACCUAUCGUAGAGGGAUGGUUGAUGAGCAGGAACCUAUCCGAAGCAGAGACGCUGCGGAAUCUCUUUGACCGAUCCUUUGCAGCCAUUUUGCAGUACACGGUUCAGAAUCUUGUUUUCAAGAUGAACGUCCUGGAAUGCAUGAUCAUUACACAGGCCAUCAAUCUCCUGAAAGGUAUGAUCCCAAACAAGGAGGACAAGGACCAGGGUCUUUCUCCGGAACACCUGGAGAAGAUCUACAUCUUCUGCGUCAUGUGGAGCAUCGGGGCGCUCCUUGAGCUUGAGGAUCGCUCCAAGAUGGAGCAGUUCAUCCGGGGCAACGAGGACAUCAAGCUCAAUCUCCCGAACAUCCCGCCUUCCUCGGACCACACAAUGUUCGAUUAUUAUGUUGACGGUGAAGGUAACUGGUCUCAUUGGGAUAAGAGAGUAGAGGAUUGGGUCUAUCCAUCGGACUCUACACCGGAGUACGGAUCCAUCUUGGUGCCCAACGUGGACAAUGUCAGGACUGACUUCUUGAUACAAACCAUUGGAAAACAAUCUAAGGCUGUGCUGUUGAUCGGUGAGCAGGGUACAGCGAAGACUGUGAUGAUCAAGGGUAACAUGGAUAAGUACAACCCUGAAGUACACAUGGCCAAGAGCUUCAACUUCUCUUCAGCCACAACACCUAUGAUGUUCCAGAGAACAAUCGAGAGCUAUGUUGACAAGCGAGUAGGUAACACCUAUGGACCUCCCGCUGGAAAGAGAAUGACUGUAUUCGUUGACGACAUCAACAUGCCGAUCAUCAAUGAAUGGGGUGAUCAGAUCACCAAUGAGAUUGUCCGUCAGAUGAUGGAAUUCAGCGGAUUCUACAAUCUGGAGAAACCAGGAGACUUUACCAUCAUAGCAGACAUCCAGAUGAUGGCUGCCAUGAUCCAACCUGGAGGAGGUCGCAACGACAUUCCACAGCGUCUCAAGAGGCAGUUCUCCAUCUUCAACUGCACCCUGCCAUCCAACUCCUCCAUCGAUAAAAUCUUCGGCGUCAUUGGAACUGGUCAUUACUGUGAAGCCAGAGGUUUCCAUUCCGAUGUACGAGAGCUAGCCAAAGCUCUGGUUCCUAUCACCAGACGUAUCUGGCAGCUGACCAAGAUCAAGAUGUUACCAACGCCUGCCAAAUUCCACUACAUCUUCAACCUGCGUGACCUGUCUCGCAUCUGGCAAGGGAUGAUCAACACCAUGAAUGAGGUGGUGACCAAACCUGAGAUCCUACUCUCCCUCUGGAAGCACGAGUGCCUUCGGGUCAUCUCGGAUCGCUUCACCAACCCUCAAGACUGCGAGUGGUUCAAUAAGACCAUCGGCCGUGUCAUCCAGGAGGAGCUGGGAGAUGUGAUGGCUGCCGUGUGCCACGAGGAUCGUUUCUUUGUGGACUUUCUCAGGGACGCCCCGGAAGCAACAGGGGAUGAGCCUGACGAUGCCGACUUUGACAUGCCCAAGGUAUACGAGCCCAUACCGUCUUUCCCGGAACUUGAGGAGAGACUGCAGAUGUUCAUGUCUCAGUACAAUGAGCAGAUCCGUGGGGCCGGGAUGGACUUGGUCUUCUUCAAGGAUGCUAUGAUACAUCUUGUGAAGAUAUCACGUAUUAUCAGCACCCCACGUGGUAAUGCCUUGCUGGUUGGUGUCGGAGGCUCUGGAAAACAGAGCUUGACUCGCUUGGCAUCUUUCAUUGCUGGUUACAAGAGUUUCCAGAUCACACUGACAAGAUCAUACAACACAUCUAACCUGAUGGAAGAUUUGAAGACGCUGUACCGUGUAGCAGGACAGCAAGGAAAGGGUAUCACGUUCAUCUUCACAGAUAAUGAAAUCAAAGACGAAAGCUUCUUGGAGUAUCUCAACAAUGUCUUAUCGUCCGGAGAGGUGUCCAACCUGUUCGCCCGUGAUGAGAUUGACGAAAUCCAACAGGAGCUGAUCCCGAUAAUGAAGAGGGAGUACCCCAGGAGACCACCCACAGGAGAGAACCUCUACGACUACUUCAUCACAAGGUCUAGGCAGAAUCUACACACAGUUCUUUGCUUCUCACCUGUGGGGGAGAAGUUCCGGAACCGUGCCCUGAAGUUCCCUGGGCUCAUCUCAGGAUGUACCAUGGAUUGGUUCAGCCGAUGGCCGAAGGACGCCCUCAUUGCCGUGUCCCACCACUUCCUGAAGGUCUUUGACAUUGUCUGCACUGAUGACGUCAAGAGACAGGUAGAGCAGGCUAUGGGUACCUUCCAAGAUGGUGUGGCCGAGUCGUGUGUGGAUUACUUUGAGAGAUUCCGACGUGCCACUCACGUGACGCCCAAGUCCUACCUGUCCUUCAUUGAAGGCUACAAGAACAUCUACUCUGCCAAGUAUGCAGAGAUCAAUGAACUCUCGAGGCGUAUGACUACAGGGUUGGACAAGCUGGUUGAAGCAUCCGCCUCGGUGGCAGAGCUCAGUGUGGAGUUGGCUGUCAAAGAGAAGGAUCUGGCAGUGGCCUCCAAGACUGCAGAAGAAGUUCUUGCUGCUGUGGCAGUUAAAGCUCAGGCAGCCGAGAAGGUCAAGUCUCAGGUUCAGAAUGUCAAGGAUAAAGCUCAAGCCAUUGUAGAUGAAAUCAAUAUUGACAAAGCCUCCGCCGAGUCCAAGCUUGAGGCUGCCAAACCAGCCCUGGAAGAAGCAGAGAAAGCCCUCAACACCAUCAAACCGGCUCACAUUGCUACGGUGCGUAAGCUCGGCAAGCCUCCCCAUCUCAUCAUGCGCAUCAUGGACUGCGUCCUGCUGCUCUUCCGGAGAAGGAUCAGUCCAGUCAUUCCUGACCCUGAGAGGGAAAGCCCAACACCAUCAUGGGGAGAGGCCCUCAAGCUGAUGGGAGGUUCAGGGUUUCUUCAGGGUCUGUUGAACUUCCAGAAGGACUCCAUUAAUGAAGAGACAGUGGAGCUCCUAGAACCAUACCUCAGGAUGGAGGAUUUCACAUUAGAGACAGCUAAAAAGGUGUGUGGAGAUGUAGCUGGUCUGUGCUCUUGGUCCAAGGCUAUGGCAUUCUUCUUUGAAAUCAAUAAGGAAGUACUGCCCCUCAAGGCCAAUUUAGCCGUUCAGGAGCAGAGGCUUAAUGCAGCCAACAAUGACCUGGCCAAAGCCCAGGCUCAGCUAGACGCUAAACAAGCUGAGCUGGAUGAAGCCCAAGCAGAGUAUGAUGCUGCCAUGAAAAAGAAACAAGAUCUCCUUGAUGAUGCAGAGAACUGUCGAAGGAAGAUGGAGGCUGCCUCUACCCUGAUCAGUGGUCUGGGAGGAGAGAAGGAAAGAUGGACGCAAGCAAAUAAGGAAUUCAAGGCUCAGAUUGGCAGAUUGGUUGGUGAUGUUCUGAUGGCUACCGGAUUCCUAUCCUACUCUGGACCUUUCAACCAGGAGUUCCGUAGCAAGCUACUCAAGGACUGGCAGAAGGAGAUGAAGACUCGGAGGAUCCCCUUCACAGCACACCUCAAUCUAAUCGAGAUGUUGGUUGAUAACACGACAAUUGCUGAGUGGAAUUUGCAAGGCCUUCCCAGUGAUGAGCUGUCCAUUCAGAAUGGUAUCAUCGUCACCAAGGCAUCCCGCUUCCCCCUCCUCAUAGACCCUCAAGGUCAGGGAAAGAUUUGGAUCAAGAACAGAGAAGCUGCUAACGAAAUGCAGGUGACCUCCCUGAACCACAAGUACUUCAGGACCCAUCUGGAGGAUUGCUUGUCUCUGGGACGCCCUCUGUUGAUAGAAGAUGUCGGUGAGGAGCUGGAUCCUGCCUUGGACAAUGUCUUAGAGAAGAAUUACAUCAAGAGUGGCAGCACAUUCAAGGUGAAAGUUGGAGACAAGGAGGUUGACGUAAUGGAUGGCUUCCGUCUUUACGUCACCACUAAGCUCCCUAACCCGGCCUACACACCUGAGAUCAGUGCCAAGACUUCCAUCAUUGACUUCACUGUCACCAUGAAAGGCCUUGAAGAUCAGCUCCUGGGCAGAGUUAUCCUGACAGAAAAGAGUGAGCUAGAAGCUGAGCGUACGAAACUUGUCGAAGACGUCACUGCCAACAAACGCAAGAUGAAAGAACUUGAAGAUAACCUUCUCUAUCGUCUGACCAGCACGCAGGGCUCCCUCGUUGAUGAUGAGUCGCUCAUCACGGUGCUUCAGGUCACCAAGACGACUGCCGAGGAGGUCAGUCAGAAGCUGCAGAUCGCUGCCGAUACUGAAGUCAAGAUCAACCUGGCUAGGGAAGAAUUCAGACCAGUUGCCACUCGAGGAAGCAUUCUGUAUUUCUUGAUUACUGAGAUGAGUAUGGUGAAUGUCAUGUACCAGACAUCUCUCAAACAGUUCCUUGGAAUCUUUGAUCUCUCCAUGGCCAACUCUACGAAGAGUCCCAUCACGAGUAAGCGUAUCAAUAACAUCAUUGACUACAUGACGUUUGCCGUCUUCAAGUACGCAGCCAGAGGUCUCUAUGAAGAUGAUAAGUUCAUGUUCACCCUCCUACUCACUCUUAAGAUUGACCUCCAGGGUGGAAAGGUCAAACAUGAAGAAUUCAUGACCCUCAUCAAAGGUGGUGCUACCUUGGACCUCAAUGCCUGUCCACCCAAGCCUUCCAAGUGGAUCCUAGACAUCACCUGGCUCAACCUGGUGGAGCUCAGCAAACUCAAAUACUUCACGGAGGUUAUCAACCAGGUCAGCCGCAACGAGAAGCAAUGGAAGCAUUGGUUUGACAAGGAGGCUCCCGAGGAGGAGGCAAUACCUGACGGGUACCACCAGUCUUUGGAUGUCUUCAGGAAACUGCUGCUCAUCAGGUCCUGGUGUCCGGACAGGACGUUGGCUCAGGCCAGAAAGUAUAUCGCUGACUCCAUGGGAGAGCGGUACUCUGAGGGUGUCAUCCUAGACUUGGAGGGAACCUUUGAUGAAUCUGACCAAAGGAACCCACUCAUCUGCUUCCUAUCCAUGGGAUCGGACCCAACCAACAUGAUUGAAGGUCUGGCCAAGAAGAGGAAGUUUGACUGUCGUGCCAUCUCCAUGGGACAGGGCCAGGAAGUCCAUGCCAGGAGACUCCUGCAACAGUUCAUGGCUAAUGGUGGAUGGGUGUUGCUGCAGAACUGCCAUCUGUCUCUAGAUUUCCUUGAUGAGCUGAUGGAUACCAUUGUAGAGACAGACACCAUCCACGAAGACUUCAGACUCUGGAUGACCACAGAGGUCCACAAGAGCUUCCCAAUCAGUCUUCUGCAGAUGUGCAUCAAGUUCACCAAUGAGCCUCCUCAAGGUAUCAAAGCCGGGUUAAAGCGUACCUAUGCCGGUAUCACUCAAGACCAGUUGGACGUCUCCAACAUGCCCCAGUGGAAGCCCAUGCUCUAUGGGACGGCUUUCCUCCACACCACAGUGCAGGAGAGGCGCAAGUUUGGCCCCCUUGGGUGGAACAUCCCCUACGAGUUCAAUGCGGCCGAUUUCAGCUCCACUGUCCAGUUCAUGCAGAAUCAUUUGGACGACAUGGACAUCAAGAAGGGUGUGUCCUGGUCGACGGUACGCUACAUGAUCGGUGAGAUCCAGUACGGGGGUCGCGUGACUGACGACUACGACAAACGGCUACUUAAUACCUUUGCCAAAGUGUGGUUUAGCGAGGCCAUGUUCAGUCCGACCUUUGCAUUCUACAAGGGCUAUGCCAUCCCCAAGUGCAGCAAUUGCACUCAGUAUAUUGAGUACAUCAAUAGCUUGCCCCUUGCUGAUACCCCAGAAGCCUUUGGACUUCAUCCUAAUGCUGAUAUCACAUAUCAGAGCAACACUGCUAAGACUGUGUUGGGUACCAUCCUCAGCAUCCAACCGAAGGACAGCGGUGGUGGAGGAGGAGAGACCCGUGAGGUCACCGUCACCCGCAUGGCUGACGACAUGCUUGAUAAACUCCCAGACGACUACAUAUCCUUCGAGGUGCGCGACCGUCUCCAGAAGAUGGGAGCCCUGAUGCCCAUGAACAUCUUCCUGAGGCAGGAGAUUGAUCGCAUGCAGCGUGUCAUCUCGCUGGUCCGCAUGACCCUGACCGAUCUGAAGCUCGCCAUCGACGGCACCAUCAUCAUGAACGAGAACCUGCGUGAUGCGCUGGAUAGCAUGUACGACGGGCGUAUCCCGGUCACGUGGAGCAAGAUCUCUUGGGCGUCGUCCACCCUGGGUUUCUGGUUUACAGAGCUUCUGGACAGGAACAAGCAGUUCCAUUCUUGGUGCUUUGACGGAAGGCCCAACACCUUCUGGAUGACAGGAUUCUUCAACCCUCAGGGUUUCUUGACUGCUAUGAGACAGGAGGUAACAAGAGCACAUAAGGGCUGGGCGUUGGACAGUGUGGUCCUUCACAAUGAUGUCACACGAUUUCUGAAAGACGACAUCAGCCAACCGCCGCAGGAAGGCGUCUACGUCUAUGGCCUGUUCCUGGAAGGGGCCAGCUGGGAUCGACGCGGUUGUCGCCUCAUCGAGCCGAAACCGAAGGUCCUCUUCGAGCCUCUCCCGGUCAUCCACAUAUAUGCCAUCAACAGCACGAUGGGUCGCGAUCCCCGCAUGUACGAGUGUCCCAUCUACAAGAAGCCGGUUAGGACGGAUCUUACGUACAUCGCUGCUGUGGAGUUGAAGACAACCCAGAACCCAGAUCACUGGAUUCUUAGGGGGGUGGCUUUGCUCUGUGACAUCAAGUAGAUCCCUGUCACAUACCUCAUCAUCUCCUUCAAUGUAUUCAUUCUCAUCUCAUGCCCUGAACUUUGGCCUUUGAGAUGUCAUGACCUCAUUCGGCAUGUUAUCUUCUGUGCCGUCUCUCCCAAUAGCAGCUUUUGACAUUUUUUUUUGGUUUGAAUACAAAUUGUUGAUUGAAGCGGUACUAUAAUUCGUCUACCCCUCCCCAUUGAAAUAAUUCUGAGUAGCCAUUCUUGAGGUCAUGAUACAAAGGUCAAGUGCCAUUCUGAGAAUGUUCUCAUGCUUAAGUGGUCAUCUUCAUAUUAUAGUCUUUUUACAUUUACCUGUUUUAUCGUAUUUUCAUACAUGAAUCUUAUGCUCCGUGGAAGCCCCUGGGUUUUAUUGCAUAGAAGCAAACUACCAUGGUAACUUACCUUGAGAACCUUGAAUUUGAUUGGUUUCAGAGCCAUAUUCUCAUGGUAACUACUAUAGUAA